CUGUUGGUUUUACUUGAGGAUUUGCUACCUCAUGAAGACAAUGUCCUUCCCAAGAGUUUAGCUGCAAUCAAGAAAUUUCUGAAGAUCUUUGGGUUCGGCUACGACAAUAUUCAUGCUUGCAAGAAUGAUUGCAUACUGUAUAGGAAGGAGUAUGAGAACCUAGAAAGCUGUCCAAGAUGCAAAGUUUCAAGAUGGGAAAUGGAUAAGCACAGUAAUGAGAUAAAGGUCGGGAUUCCGGGAAAGGUCCUUAGAUAUUUUCCAAUCAGGGACAGAUUUAGGAGGAUGUUUAGAUCAAAAAGGAUGGCCGAAGAUCUGCGUUGGCACUAUACCAAUGCCGCUGAAGAUGACUUUGCUGUUGAUCCAAGGAAUCUUCGAGUUGGGAUUUCUACAGAUGGGAUGAACCCUUUCUCCAUGCAAAACACCAAUCACAGCACAUGGCCAGUGUUGUUAGUGAACUAUAACACGUCUCCAGCCAUGUGUAUGAAGGCUGAGAAUAUAAUGUUGACAUUGUUGAUCCCUGGUCCAACAGCUCCUGGUAAUAACAUAGAUGUUUACCUAGCACCACUGAUAGACGAUCUAAAAGAUUUGUGGGCUGAGGGUAUUGAAGUGUACGACUCAUUUGCGAAGGAGAAUUUCAAACUCAGAGCCUUGCUGCUUUGGAUUAAUAGUGACUAUCCAGCCUUAGGAACACUGUCUGGAUGUAAAGUAAAGGGGAAACAAGCCUGCAAUGUAUGUGGAAAGGAUACACCUGCAAGGUGGCUUAAGUUUAGCCACAAGUUUGUCUACAUGGGAAACAGAAAGAGACUACCGCCUGGCCAUCGUUACAGAUAUAAAAAAGCUUGGUUUGACAACACUGUGGAGGAUGGGAAUGCAAAUAGGAUACAAACUGGCGCUGAGAUAUAUGAGACACUACAAGCUUUUAGGAAUGAUUUUGGUAGACCUCUAGAGAAGGAAAAAAAAGGGAAAAGACCAGAGUUGGAAGAUGAUGAGAGCGUUCAAGAAGAAGAGUGUGAAGAAUCAAAUGAACUAUGGCGGUGGAAGAAGAGAUCAAUAUUCUUUGAAAUACCUUACUGGAAGGAGUUGCCUGUUCGUCACAAUAUUGAUGUUAUGCACGUAGAAAAGAAUGUGUCGGAUGCUAUAUUGUCUCUCUUGAUGCAAAGUGCGAAGUCAAAAGAUGGGUUGAAAUCAAGAAAAGACUUAGAAGAUAUUGGAAUCAGAAAGCACUUGCACACAGAGGUGAGGGGAAAGAAAACAUACCUACCUCCAGUUGCCUACUGGUUAUCGAAGAAAGAGAAGACCAUUUUCUGCCAAAGGUUAGCUAAGUCUAGAGGUCCUGAUGGUUAUUGUGGCAAUAUUGCGAAUAGUGUUUCAGUUAACCCUCCAAAUAUUGGUAGUUUAAAGUCGCAUGGUCAUCAUGUCCUAGUACAGAACUUGUUACCAGCUGCAUUAAGAGGGUUGUUACAUAGGGGUCCUAGGAUAGCCAUAAAUAGAUUAUGCAGUUACUUCAACAGGUUGUGUCAGCGCAUCAUUGACACGGAGAAAAUUAUAUCCAUGGAGACAGAGUUUGUGGAAACAAUGUGUCAACUGGAGACCUUCUUCCCUCCAGCCUUUUUUGAUAUCAUGUUCCACUUUCCAAUACAUCUAUCAAAAGAGGCACGCUUGGGAGGACCAAUAUACUUCCGCUGGAUGUAUCCCUUCGAAAGAUACAUGAAAACACUAAAGGCUUUUGUUAAGAAUUAUGCAAGGCCAGAAGAAUGUAUGGCUGAGGCGUAUUUAGCUGGAGAAUGCAAUGCAUUUUGUUUAGAGUUCCUUAAAGAUUCAGUACCAGUUCAAGAAGCAGUUAAUCGUAAUGAAGAUGUUGAGGCUGACAGAAUGGUGGUUGAAGGCCGACCUCUGCAGAAGGGUAUAGUGGUUGCCAUUUCAAAUAAAGAUAGAGACAUUGCACAUCGCUAUGUGCUAAUGAACAUGGCAUCUUUGGAUCCCUUUCUUGAGUAA